AUGGAAACUAGUAAUAACAUUAGCGAUAUUACUCUUAACUUUCGCGUCCAUGAUAAUAAUAAAUCACCUAACACAUCUAAACCAUUGGAUGAUCACAAAGUUAAUAUUUCCAGAUAUGCAAAAAUUAGUGAACUUAAAAACGAGGUUAAGGAAGUGUUG